GGAAGAGCGCAAGUUUACACUGUGUACUUCCGGAGAGAGUAAUGGCAUCUCUGGAUAGGGUAAAAGUGUUGGUUUUGGGCGAUUCUGGAGUAGGGAAGUCUUCUCUUGUACAUUUACUUUGCCAGAAUCAAGUUUUGGGGAAUCCAUCAUGGACUGUUGGCUGCUCAGUGGACGUCAGGGUGCAUGACUACAGAGAAGGCACCCCAGAAGAGAAGACUUUCUACACUGAACUCUGGGAUGUUGGAGGAUCUGUUGGCAGUGCCAGCAGUGUAAAAAGCACCAGAGCUGUGUUUUACAAUUCUGUGAAUGGUAUUAUUUUAGUUCAUGAUCUGACCAAUAAGAAAUCCUCCCAGAAUCUGUACCGCUGGUCACUAGAGGCAUUGAGCAAAGACUCCUCGCCCACUGGGAUCAUUGUAUCUAAUGGGGAUUAUGACAGAGAACAGUUUACAGAGAACUCUGUUCCUCUCUUGCUGAUUGGAACCAAAUUUGACCAGAUCCCUGAAAACAAGAGAAACGAUGUCCUGACCCGUACUGCAUUUCUGUCUGAAGAUUUUAACGCUGAAGAGAUCAACCUGGAUUGUACAAAUCCAAGGUAUCUUGCUGCUGGGUCAUCAAAUGCUGUUAAAUUAAGUCGAUUCUUUGACAAGGUAAUAGAGAAGAGAUACUUCACAAGAGACCCUAGCCAGAUGCAGACUUUCACAGAUAGGAGGCGUUUCAAUUUCAAAAGUGUGCAUUAUGACUGAGUUUAUGCAUACACUUUGUAUGUGGGUGGCUUUAGUCCUGUUUGUAAUCUAAACAGUUUUCUUCUGUAAUGUUCUUCUGCAAAGAUCAAUCAUUAUAACUCCAGUGUGGUCAUUGUCUAAGUUUUUUUAUAUAUAUAAACAUUGUUUAACAUUAAAAUCCACUUUACCAUGACAGAAGGAUGAAUGUGGCUUGAUGAGAUA